UCUUUUUUUUUUUCCCAUUUCCACCAAAUGUCUGCGCUCCUCCUCCGAUUGCCAAAGCUUCUCCCGAAGUCGCUCCAGAAGCCAGCGCAGCAAGCGAUCGAGAACAUGCCACAAGACGUCCUCGGCGUCACCCCCGAGCUCGUCCGCAACUGGACGCCGUCGCUCGCUACGUGGGGCGCUGCGGGUGGCGCGGCCCUGCUCUUCCUGACCGAAUGGAAGCUCGUCCUGCAGUAUGCGCCCUUCAUUGGCGACCGGUACAAGACCCAGGAGGCCGCUGCCGAAUGAAAAAACCUCCCGUCUUCCUGAAAUCAAUCCACAACCCUUAAAAAAAGCCAAUGAAAAAAAAAUAGGAAGCAAGAUUCUCAAGCAAACAAAACGAAACAGGACGAAACGAAAGCCGGCAAGACUCGAUCAGGAAACGAAACUAUCGCAUGGGACCAGCAAGUCGACAAAAACAACCCUCCAACCAACAUGUUGGGAGGCUUUUAAUUGUUCGUUGUUUGGACUGUGUGGUGUGAUCCUGCGUUGGUCUUUGUUGUGCUUUUCUUUUUGUGUUCUUCUUGUCUUUGUUGCUUUUGUUUGUUUCAUGUAUCCCAAUCCAAGUGUCAAUGUCAAUGUUUGUUUAUCGUCAAGAUGUUCUUCUUCACACCAAAA